GCAUUUAAGUGUUUGCGUUACCUUUGUUUUUUGAAGGGACAAUAUGAAAAGGAAUGUGCGUUUGCGAGUAUCGGUUUCACAACACUCAAACUUGCACCAGUUUGUUCUUGGAAAGGGGUAUUAGUCAGUGCUAUCCUCUGGUUAUGCAAUUCAUUUGCCAUACUGACUACCCAAGCUCCAAAUUUCGGUGAAAUGGUACAAAACCCAAAAUUUUCCCAGGUCUUAGGAAAACACCAAAUUUUAAGAAAGAUUACGAAUCAUUAUUUGACUUUGGAGAAAGUCCGAAGAUUCCCCCAAAAUCAAGAGGCAAAUAAAAGAAGGCGAGAUUUUAGGAGUACACUAUGGAAAUUCCUUUGAAAAAGUCUGUGGUUAUAGGUGACCAUAAUCAAAUUGUAGCCUUAAUUAACGCAGAAAGUUUUUCACCAGCUUAAUUACCCGGUCUCGGCUUUUCACUACAGUCAUAUAAAAGUUCAUAUUAUUCACCAGUCUCAAGAAAUGUGGCGGAAGACCAGGAAUGCGCUCGAGCGUUUCGGCGAUUUCCUCAAAAUAGUUUACGCGUUUUGUGUAAAACUGUAGACCGGGAAAAUUUUUGGGGAUUUAUUCUUACUUCAAGAUUUUCUGUUGCGGUUUUUCUAUGAUUUCCCCGUCGUUAAAAUCCCCCGAAAUUCGGAAGGUCGGCAAUCUGGGGCAGCCAAUGCGGAUUUCCCCUCUAAAUUUCCCUAUCUAGGGGAAAUAUAUCGAAGUUAUACCCUAACCCUCCUCAAAAUUAAAUUCAAGUUGUCUAUUCUGUAUCAAUAUUAACACGUCGAAUUGUUAAGUUCGCUCGAAAUUCAGCAGGAUUGUAUACCAAAACAAUUACUUUAAUAGACAAACUUGCUUACGUCCUAGGUAUACUGCAGUACACUUAAGGCGUUUGUCUUUAUUUUACCCAGGACAACCAAGUUUUCUACCCAUUCGAUAUGAUUUAAACGGUUGAUUUAUAUGAGGUGAAUAAGCUGUUAACAAGUUUUACAUGAAGUUCUCAGUAGUAUUUACGUUUGGGUGACAGUUAAGUGUUAGUAUUGCAAUUAACCCAAAAGAUUGUCUUCAACCAUGAUCUAAAAUAAUGUAGUUAAUGCUAAGUUUAUUAAACAUGUGUUUAUUAAGGCUUCUUAGUUAAAGUAAAAUGCCAAUGCUUACAUAUACUCUCACCUUUUCCCAAAUACAGACAGAUGAUAUCAUAGUUUUGUGUUAUACGUCGUUUCAGCUGCUAUCUCGAUGUAAAUCUCUGAUCUAAGUGAACUCUGGCUUUAAAUUGGGGUCAGAGUCGCUAAAAUAAGAAGUGAUAUUGUUUCACAAAACGUCCAAAUGUUGACAUGUACCUUGCUAAAUCUAAAUUAGGCUGCUUAGUUUUGGUUUUGAUAACUGGGAACUGAGUGGCGUCCUGAUAUAUUUAGUAUAACUGAAUAAUACACUCGCUAGAUAACAAUAAACUACGUCAUACUAAUUGACUGGUCCCAUUGUCAGUUUAUUUCACUACUUUUAUUAGUUCUGUUUCUGUGUAAUCCUUUAAAGAGUAACAAACAGAUGUGUUGCUUCAAGCCGACAAACUUCGUUCUAUUUUUGUCAUAAUGACAAUGCUUAUCUCUCUAUUAUAGGAACCUCCAUUUCCAAAAAGGUCUCAGAUAAUCGAACUGCCAGCUGACGGGCCUACAUGUUCACAUGGUCCCAUGUUAAAAAUAGUUGAUCAGACCUCCCGUUCGUUUCAUUAUGCUUGUUCGGCAUUUCGUGAUAAAGGUGAAUGUGAGAAACAGGACUUGUACCAGAGUAGCACUUUAAGAAACUGGUCAUCGGAAGAUAUUCUCGGGAUAAGUCAGUCAGAUAGAGCCUAUUGUUACACUUGUGAUUGUUUGUUUUCAUUGUCACUGAGUGGACAAAAGCAUGAAAUGCACGAGUAUAGGAAAAACCUAACAGAUAAUCUAUUGGGAAUGCCAUCAUACCUGCUAAAACCACUGGAAAAUUCUAAGGCUCAUGCACAAUAUUUUUUUUCUUUAGACACUUUGAAUCGACUGUACUCCAUCAUUCAAAAACUGUCAGUAGACUAUGUCAUCUGUAUUGGUUCACCACGUCUACAUGACUUCAUCCAACUUCAGCAUAUACAUAGAGGACAAUUAUUAGACUCAUAUUUAUUAGAUAUGGACAUUCGGCUGUCUAGUUUCUAUCAUCCACAUCGUUUCUCACGAUAUAAUAUGGUAAACGGAUUUUUCUUCAGUCGAACGGAAGAAGAAAAUUUUCAUCAUUUCAUCAAGGAUAAUAUAAAGCCUGAUGAUAAAUGCUCCAUAUUUUGUGAUCCUCCAUUCUCUGCACCAUUGUCAUUAAUUGUGAAGCAGAUCAAUUCAAUAAUACAGUAUAUUUCAAGCUUCCAAAUUACUAAAAAUAAUUGCAAGAGUUUAAAUCAAAAUGAUAUUCCAUAUCUGCUAGUUCUCCCGUUUUUCUUCGAGAAAAAGCUGCAAAAGAUUGCCCCAUUUUUAAACUUGCUGGAUUAUAAAAUCACUUAUGAAAACCACUCAAGACUGGAUUGUGAUAUCACUGAUAAUCGAAACCACAGGGAUUUAACUAAUAAAAUUGGUGAUCAUUCAAAUAGAGGACAGAGGCGCGACUCAAUUGUUCGCUUGUUUACAAGUUUACUUCCUUCUUUGGUCCAUCCACCUAAAUCAAUAGAGAAAUGUUUCAGGUUUUGUGAAAUUUGUCAACGUUAUUCGCACAUAACAAAUCUACACUGUCCUAAAUGUGAUCGUUGCACAACUAAACAUGGACCAACCUAUGUACACUGUGAUAAAUGUAAUCGUUGUAGACCUGCAAAGAAAUUUCAUUGCGAUCAAUGUAAACAUUGUGUAUCUAUCAAUCAAUGCGUUCAUCAAUCCAAACGCAAAAAGCUCUCUUACAAUACAUCUGAUAAUUUGUAAUCUGUAAAUUAAUAUUUAUUCAAUAAAAUAUUUUCUACUUUGAA